GGAUACCACAGCGUUACAAAACACUGGCAUGUUUCAUUCACUAUACUGUUUUUAACUAGAGGACAUCGUGUUCUGCUCCAUCGCGUUUUAAACAUGCAGCUCGCUGAGAUGCUGCAGGUGAUGAGGGGCGCAGGUAAAGUGGGGUCUGCCCUGGUGAACACGCAAGGGGAACAUCUUAGGCUGAUGGCAUGCAACUCAUCCCUCGGGGGUGUCGCCCAAGCUGCCCAGGAUAUGGUGGAGGGACUGGUGGGCACUGCAAUGGGAGGCAGCAAGGCUCAGUCUUUGAAAGAGGACGUGUUCCCUGACGCCGAGGGCUGGGAGAUGGAGCCGGAAGAGGCUGCCCAGUGGUCUGUUGGCUCAGAGUUCUCAGCCGGUGAAUCCAGGCAGAGCCAUGCUGGUCCUGAAGCCACAGCAGAGUCCACAACAGGUACGUUAUCAGGAGUGCCUCCACGCCAGGGGAACAGUCAAGGAGGAGCGGGCUGGCCAGGGCAGACGGCCAGGUUCCUCCACACCUCAGCAGGCCUCCACCACCGCUACCAGGCCAGGUUCAUCCAUGACACCGUGGUGGCCAGGCUCACACCGGAGGACAUCAAGAAGGCACGGGAGGCCAAGCAGGCCUUGGUCAAACCCGUCCGACAAAAGCUCAGCGACCGGGCCAGGGAGAGGAAGGUUCCUGCCACUAGGAUAAGCAGGCUGGCUAACUUUGGUGGGCUUGCAGUCGGGCUGGGGAUCGGUGCCAUUGCAGAGGUGGCAAAGCAGUCCUUUGGCAGCAAACGAUCAGGAGACGCCGGGGCGGUGAUGGACUCUCCGCUCCUGUCCGAGGCCAACGCAGAGAGGAUAGUGAACACGCUAUGCAAGGUCCGCGGUGCCGCACUCAAGAUCGGCCAGAUGCUCAGCAUCCAAGACAACUCCUUCAUCAACCCCCAGCUGCAGAAGAUCUUUGAGAGGGUCCGGCAGAGCGCCGACUUCAUGCCCCCCUGGCAGAUGAACAAAGUUCUGGCGGAGGAGCUGGGCUCAGGCUGGAGGGAUCAGCUGUUAUCUUUUGAUGACAAACCAUUUGCCGCAGCGUCCAUCGGCCAGGUGCAUCUCGGGGUUUUGAAAGACGGCCGAGAAAUUGCCAUGAAAAUCCAGUACCCAGGAGUAGCAGAGAGCAUCCACAGUGACAUAAACAACCUGAUGUCUGUACUGAAGAUGAGCGUCAUCCUGCCAGAUGGCCUGUUUGCAGACAGCAGCCUGGAGGUCCUCCAGAGGGAGCUCGCAUGGGAGUGUGACUACAAGAGAGAGGCGGAGUGCGCCAAGAAAUUUAGGACCCUGCUGGAGGGCCAUGAGUUCUUCCAGGUCCCUGAGGUGGUCGAGGAGCUGUCUGGGCGCAAGGUGCUUGCCAUGGAACUGAUCCACGGAGUCCCCCUGGACCGCUGUGUCGACCUGGAUCAGGAGACCAGGAAUAAGAUCUGCUUCAGCAUCCUGCAGCUCUGCCUCCGGGAGGUCUUUGAGUUCAGGUUCAUGCAGACGGAUCCCAACUGGGCCAACUUCUUCUACAACGCCGAGACCAACAAGAUCAUCCUGUUGGACUUCGGUGCAUGCAGAGGCUACGACGAGGCCUUCACAGAUGACUACAUACAGGUGGUGCACGCGGCCUCAGUGGGCGAUCGAGCAACGGUUCUCUCCAAAUCCAAGGACCUGAAGUUCCUCACCGGCUUCGAGACCAAGGCCUUCCAGGAGGCCCACGUGGAGGCGGUGAUGAUCCUGGGCGAGGCCUUCUCCUCCGCGGAGCCCUUUGACUUCAGCAGCCAGAGCACCACCAAGCGCAUCCACGGCCUGGUGCCCGUCAUGCUGCGCCACCGCCUCACGCCCCCGCCCGAGGAGAGCUACUCCCUCCACCGCAAGAUGGCUGGCUCCUUCCUCAUCUGCUCAAAGCUUGGCGCCAGCAUCGCCUGCCGGGACAUGUUCCUGGAGAUCCACCGGGCGUACCAGGAGCGGAGCAAGGGGCAGGCAGAGGCUGCCGCCGCCAUCGAAGGCGCCGCCGCCAUCGAAGGCGCUGCUUAGAUAAACAACGCGCCAUGUUGUGAGAUGUACCCCCUGAGCUCUGUGGACGUGUGAGCCUGCUCCCGGGGGCCAGGGGUGUCGGCAGGUCAACACCUCUGGCUUGUAACAGUGUGUGAACUCUGACCUGGCUGAUGACUGGCAGUUGUGGAUUGGGUGGAGCUGCUGUGGGUUUGACUUGAACUGGUUGUCUGGACUCUGGCGGUUCUCCUCAACUGAUGCACUCCAGUGACUUCUCUGACACUGAACUGGUAUCAUGAAAUAGGAAGCUACUAUAUAUUUAGUUGAUGAUAAAUAUACUUGUAUUUGUAUAAUAAUUAUCUGCAGUAAUGUAUUAAUAAAGUUUUCUUUUUUCGUUUUUUUGAUUUAUUUAUGCUCGAUCAAUGUCAAACGAUACACUGUAGACGUCCAAGGCCAUGCAGAUGCUGAUAUGCAAUAAUGUUGCCAAGGGCAGGUCUACACAUGCAACAUGUUCCAAGAAGGUAGUAAUUAUGUGAAAAGCCUCUUGUGGUAAUAGACAAGAGGCUCUUCACUUUAUGACAUGGUUUAUUAAUAGUCUGUUGCGUUUUCCUUCAGUUUGCAAAGAACUGUUAUUUCCUGGCAAAGAACUGUUUUUUUUCUCCUUGCCAGGAAUAUGUGAGAAUAAAAAAGAAAUACCUCCUUUUUAUAAUGUGUGUGUG